CCAACAUAAAAGCAUUAAAUGUUAUCUGUCAAAAUAUAAAAAUAAGGUUAUGGUAGUAUUUACAUUAAAUUUAUUUUCAUCAUGAAAUGUUUGCACAUUAAUAUAAGAAGGGCUACAUUUAUACUUUUAACAUUUUUGGUAAACAAUGUCCAUAAAAUCCAUAUGGUGGACGAAAAUAAAAUUCAAAGUAGUCAAGACAAAAUGAACACAUCCAUUACCUCAGAAGAUUUCCUCAAGGAUUCUGUUAUGAUAUGCCCCUCAAACAUUCAAUGCAAAGAUCUCAAUGGCGAUUGUAUUACAUGCAAGUUUAAUAACUCAUGUAGAUAUGGCCAAGAAACCAGUGCUACAUGUUCUCCAAAAGCAAAGGUUAUUUGUUAUGGUAAAAGGGAGUUCACCAAAAUCUUCUCCUGCAAAUACUGCUAUCAAACACAACAUUGGGAGCAUGACUGCCUUCUAAAAGCUCACUGUAACUCUGUAAGCUCUCCAAGAAAUGUCUACAAAACCAAUUGCACUGUUAAAAGUGAGGUUAUUUGCCUUGGUAAUAGACGAUUCAAUAAAAUGGUUCACUGCAAUUGGACAGGGGGGCAUUCCUGGUCCACAGCUUUGGCUUUGAGCAUAACCCUGGGAGGAUUUGGAGCUGAUAGAUUUUAUUUGGGACACUGGCAAGAAGGUAUUGGAAAAUUAUUCAGUUUUGGAGGACUUGGUGUGUGGACUAUUAUUGAUGUUAUUUUAAUAUCACUUCAUUAUUUGGGCCCUGCUGAUGGCUCCUUAUACAUAUAAUUGUUGACUGAAUAUGGAGAUAUAUUAUUUUAUGUGAUAUUAAUAUAGGUUUUUAUUAAAUAAAGG